AUGUCUGGGCCACGUUGCUGUAUCAUUGGUGUAUGUUUUAUCGUUUUACAACUGAUUUCUCCGUUAAUGGCACAGCAAGGUACGUCGAAUGUACAUUUUAAAGUAUAUUGUAUCAAGCUGGCUUCAUAAGCGAUUUUAUAAUGCAGUCAAAAGUUCGUUAAUCUUCAUUUAAGACAGUACAUACUUCACAGUUGAGUGAUAUUUGAUAUAUAGUUCGGAUGUUAUAACAAUUAGCCAUUUAGCCGCAGCAUAAACUUUUGAUGGCAACCAAAUGUGUAAUCCAACUUGCUAUGUUGAAAUAUAUACAUUGACCAUUGUCAUUGAUCGUAGAAUCGAGCAACAAAUGCUAAAAUAAAUUAAACAAAUUAAUACUUUAACAUACAAGCGGUAGCCUUCGGUUCUCGGUGUUUACAGUAAAUAAACACUGAUGUGAGCGAUGUAUUUAGAUUUUAUUGUUUCUGACAACUUUAUUAAAACAGGACCACACGUUUUUGGUAUUAUUAGGAUCAAAUAUAAACAGUGCAAGCCUGUUUUAAAGAUGUAAAAUAUAUUCUAAAGUAUAUAUACAUACAGAUCAAUCAACAUUGCUUUAAGUUUAAAAACCUUAAAUUUAAGUUCAUAUCUCGUUAUUCGGAUAGUGAUAAGCCUUAGGAAUUUUGCGAGGAAUUUCGUCUCGUAAUAUAUUCGCAUGUCAUGUAUAGGCCAUGUAGAAUGCUUUUGCGUCUUUCAAUAAGUUCUUAGUGUUGCCAUGAGCUUUUAAUUCCAAUAAGAGUGAAUAAACUUUGACGCAACUAAUAUAGACAGUGAUACGUCUGGACAAAACUUUAUAUUUCAAAUACAAAGUGUGAUAAUCCAUAUAUAUUUAUACGUGGUCCACUGCAUGCAAGCGCGUCAUUAUCUGCGCAAAUUACCAACUCCAAAUUGCAUUCGUACUAUACGCUAUAGCCAUAUUGACGGAUUCAGAGAGAUCUGCCUAUGCGUACAAAUACGACAUUUAUACACGACCCAUGAGGAACAUAUUACGCAUGAUUUGUCCCCAACUUCCCAGAAGCAUAGCCUGAGCCAAUAUUGUUUGAUAUAGAUCGUGUUUAUUCUAGCUCGCUUCGCCUUGUGUUUUAAAGUAGGGAGUUUAUAUACACAUGUAAAGGCCCUAGCUGUCACACUAUUGGCAUUGCGUAUUGGAGAAACGUAUGAGAAGCGUAUCAAAAUUAAUGAAAUAAUUUUCAUACGCACAAAAUUACAAAAAUAUCUUGAAAUGCCAGCGUAUGAGUACCGUACAUCUGGCGUACCUCUGGCGUAUAAACGAUACGUCCGAAUACACACAAAAUGUUCAAGCAUGCUUAACAAAAUGUUUCUGUCUCGCCGUAUGCAUGCCACCGUAUGCGAUCGUGCUUGAAACUGUGUUGAAACGUAUACAAUUCUAUGCCUAUGUCAGCGUUUUCCAGCGUAUGUCAGCGUUUUCCAGCGUAUGAGUGAUAUUUUUCGUACGCUGGCAUGCGGCGUGCGCCAGUACGAUAUGCAAUGGUUUGACAGGGCCUUAAGACGGCGACGUCGGGACGAUGACUUUCAAUACAACGGCAUAAAGCCUAUUGCACAAAAGAAAUUAUUUAAUAAUGAAAGCUAGCAGGGGUUUUAGACAUCGGUCCAAUUAGCGCCGUUGCCAACGGCAAAAUGCAUAGUUUCAUGUGUCGUAUAUAAUACGCUAGCAUUUCAACUUUUCAAGCCGUUACAAGCACUUUUCCCGCCAAAGUUGAUCCAAAUUGUUUCAAAGGUUAAAACUCUGUUUUACUCGUUCGAAAAUGUAUUUAAUUCAUACGAAAGUAACUACAAGACAAUAUUUCUAUACAAUCAUUUUUUUAUUUCAAACUCGUUUAUUCAUGUAUACGUAAUACAAUUUUAAAACGCGUUUAUGCCAAAAAGAUGUUAUGUGUUAUAGAGUUACAGGAAAUCAUUAGGAACAUCAUAUUGUACUUUUAGCACAUGUUAUAUAAUGUAACAAAAUAGCAUCUGGAAAUUCGAUAACUGGCACAUGUAAUACAGGCGUCCAACAGCGGGGUAUAAUUUUUGACUUAAUUGAUACAUCCUUCGAUCUUUAUUAAGAUAUCUGCCAUUUGGCAUUUUGAUAUGAUUUUUAACGAAAGCGAAUUCAUAUAGUUAUUUAUGUUAACAAAGAACACAGCUGUCGCAUAUAUUUGCACUUGGCAUUUACUUUCGAUGUUGCCGCCAAACAGGUAGUCAAAUUGAAUAUUUAUGAACGAUAAUGUCGAAAAUGGAUUUUAAUUGUCCGUAAUCGUUAAUUAUUUAUGGUGGAUAGCCGUGUGAAAAAAAACGUAGUGUUAAACGAUACGUAUAUUAGGGAAAAAAUGGAUUCAAACUUUUAUGUCCAUACUUUUAUUUAUAUAAGUAAAGAGAUUUCCGUGCAGUUGAAUGAAAUAAAAAUCGUGAUCUUCAUGGCGCGGAACGUAUUUUUCAUAUGUGAUGAAUUAUCGUAUCGGCGUUUUGAUUGGCUGGUGUUUUUGCGCUCGUAUAAUUGUAAACACUAGCGGAUUCAUUAAAAAAUAUCAAACUCUGCGAGCAAAGUCCUCUCGUAUUUCUUCUCGGCACGGCACGGAGAAGCGAGAGAGACUCUGCAGAACUUGUGUAUAUUCUUUGUGGAGCCGACAAUCCAAAAACUUGAAUAAUUAUACGUAAUUUCAGGUUUGAUACUGGUUUUAUAACCAAACCGGAAACUACUUAUUAAAUCUUCUUCUGGGAAAUAGGCAGUUGCUUAGCAACCUUCGCGCAUGCUCAAAUGAAUCUAUACACAAGUUCUGCAGAGUCUCUCUCGCUUCUCCGUGCCGUGCCGAGAAGAAAUACGAGAGGACUUUGCUCGCAGGGUAGAUAGUAAUGUACAUGAAAAAAUUUCUCAAUUCUGAUUGACUAAGAACUUUUUCGAAUAUUUACAGUGCCAAAAAAUGAAAUACAAUACAAAUUUCAUUGACUAUUUAGGCUUUCUGAUUGGCUUGUAAUAUGAAACAAUAACAAAGUUAGCCAAUAAGAUACAGCAAUUUCCAGCAGAAAUAAUACAAAAACAUAAAUUAUUUCCAUGUGACUGCAUAAUUUUUUCAUGUAUAUUUUUAAUAAGUAUAUAUAGUAGUAUAUUUUUAAUAAGUAUAUAUAGUAGUAUAUUUUCUCGUGCAAUUUGAAAAAACAUACACUCAUCAUAUGAUCAUAAGUUCAUCAUAGAUUUGCAUGGCGAUAAAACAUAUAAUACUUAUAUAAUACUUUCGUUUGCCGAAACACCGUGUAAAUUUAUUACUGCAGUAAUAAAUGUACGUGGUGUUUCCACAAACGAAAAUAUUACAUACACUCUUGAAUUUUGAUAGUCUUCGAAGAACUCACUCGUGCAUGUUUUUUUCAAAUUGAUGAUUCCCCUUUUUACGUUUUCGUAGCGCUUUGCAUUGUGGUUAUAAUGGUAUCACUGAUAAAGAUAGCGGCCUCCGGAAUGAAAAUAUUGAAUGUUUUCGCGAAUAUUUUGCUGUUAGCUAUCGCGCACCUGACCCUAGCUUUUUUUAAAAGUUCUUGCACGGGUCAGGACAAAAAAUAAGCCAUCUUGAAUAUCAGUGAUACCACUAUAACCACAAUCAUCAAUUGGCACUCGAAAAUUCAGUCGUGGGUCUAAUGGGCAUUGCUUAAAGACAUAUAUAUUGAUUAGAUUUUGGUUAAAUUUUGAUGAAAUUAAAUUUCGAUAUAUCCAUCUAGCAUAGUCUGGUUAUUUUAAGAAGGACGACUUAAAUAAAUUCAGGCUUAAACAAUCUGGUUAUGUUCGACCAGGACGUGACGUCCUGGGGCGGGUUGUAUAAAACUCUUAAUCACUUUUUUGAUCACUAUUUUGUAGUUAAAUAGUGAUUAACUCUCAAAUACGCGCUUCUUAUUGGAUGACGUUUCCACUAACUAUAGUUAACUUUAAUCACUUUUUUAUACAACCGGCCCCUGGUCGAACAUCCCGAGAGAAAGAAAAAUAGUCUGGUUAAUUUAACCACGAUGUUCUUCUGGCCCUGGUCGAACAUAACCAGAUUGUUUAAGCCUGAAUUUAUUUAAGCCUGAAUGGGUGAUUCCAGCUAUACUAUAUAGACAAAAAUUUGAUCUAGGUAAGAAGCGGAACGAAAUCCAACAUGUACCAUAGCUAGAAAGAGCAUCUUAGAAUGAGUAAAACGGCAAAGUUUGGUUGCGAAAUGUUGUAAAAUGAAGAAAAUAUAGCCCUAUGAAGUUCCGGCAAAUUUUGUAUAUAAAAAUAACCAUAACUUUCGGCUCAAAAAUGGUUGCUAUGUUUUCCUCAUUUUACAACAUUAAAAGCAACCAAACUUUGCAAUUUUACUCAUUUUAAGAUGCUCGUUCCUGCUAUGGUUAUGGAUUUCGUCCUUCUUGUCUAGAUCAAAAUUUCGUCUAUAGCUGAAAUAUCCAUUGAUUAGAGUUCUAGUUGAUCAGGAGAACAUCGUGGUUAAAAUUGACAACUUGCAUGUUAGACAAAUUUUUGAUCUAGCCUAUCUAGGCAAAAAAAAAGUAAAUUCCCGCUAAGAACUUAUUAAAAUUAGUAAACUUGCAAAAUUUGACUGCGAAAUGUUGUAAAGCUUGGAAAAUAUAGCCUUGCGAAGUUUGCAUAUUUUCAGUAUAUUUGUAUUACGUGUGGAAAUUGUUACCAUUUUUGAGCCGAAAAUGGUAACAAUUUCGCUCGUAAUACAAAUAUACUGAAAAUAUGCAAACUUUGCAAGGCUAUAUUUUCCAAGCUUUACAACAUUUCGCAACCAAAUUUUGCACUUUUACUAAUUUCGAUAUGUUCUUUUUAGCUGUUGUGUCUGAUUCCCUUUUCUGUGCUUAGAUUAAAAUUUUGUCUAACAUGCAAGUUGUCCAUUGACCAGACUAUUUUUCUUUCUCUCGAUAUAUAGGUACUAACAGUACAAGCUGUGAGGAUAGGGAAACAUUUUUCAAUAACCAAACCAUAACAAACCCAACGAACAACUCAUUACUUGGGUUUAUCCUGCUAUGUACCACAUCGACUGUGUUUGAAGUGCGGUAUACAAAUAAACAACUAUGCACCUGUGGUAGAUAUGUAGGAAGUAAAAAAGAUGGCAUAGUUAAACCUUGUCACUCACGCUUACCUUUGGACUUUACCGUGCAAAUAUCAGUCGAGAAAGUUCGCAAUCGAUGGGGUGAAAACUGCACAUUUCAUUUACUAAAUGUUGGUGCACGUCAAUUUUUUGAUGUACAAUUGAUGACAAUUUUGCCAGGAAAAAUUUUCACAUCACAACCUUCCGAUCGAAUCACUUUAAACACAGGAAACACUGUCACCCCAACACCUAACCCAUCCAUCAUACUACUCCAGUCUGUAGUUCCGUCCAUUCGUCAGAGUCCAGUCCCAUCUAUUCAACCGAGUUCGGCCUUUAUACAGACUUCGCCAUCACUGUCUGAAGUUUCGUCUAGCAGCUCAGUGUCUUCUGACAGGGAAAAAGGUAGAUUUAAUGCAUGUGUGAUGUGUUCUGCGAUCAUAUGAACCAUAAUAUGAUGCAUGGGCCGAUAUAGCGAAAACUCCAGUACACCGAUACAUCCCUAUACUUGGAAGAGGUAAAAAAAAAUUUUCAGGACAUACCAUUUUUCACUAACUUUCCAAUUUAUGUACUGUAAUUUCGGUAAUAUUAAAUUUAUCAAAAUGUUUGCUAUAACUGUUACUUUUUAAUCCGAGCCACUCAAAUAUUUUCGUUGACUACGAGAAUUAUUGGCCGAUAACUCCGUUCCGACUAUGCUCCUUUAUUUUGCCGACAAGACAUUUUGAGAGGGAAGUCACCCCCAGGGCCGCCGAGAGCUUGGCGAGGGCCCGGGGCAAAUUUUUUUAGGGGCCCUAUUUCAAACAUUUUUCCGGAAAAACAAUUUUUCGGAUAACAACCUCACCCCCUCCCCCCUCACCCCCGUCGACGACAACUUUUUAGGGAAAAAAAUUUUCCGGACGAGUACGAUGUAAUUACUUUACAGCGACUUUACCUCAAUUUUUCAUACCAAAUUUCGUUACUUUGCCCAAAAAAACAAAUAUCUUGCCCUUUGCGCGGAAUUAUUUCUUUCAAAAAAAUAACUGGGGCCCAACAAAAAAUUUCUAAGGGCCCCCAGAACCUGGAGGCCCGGGGCAAUUUCCCCCCCCCUGCCUCUCUCUAGGCGUCUGGUCACCCCAAUAGCUACGGCCCUGAGAAAGUGAAGUGAAAUAACCGAAUAGUGUUAAUUUUAACCAAAGUGUUUGUAGAGUCGGUGUAUUGUCGUUUCAUGACUCCGUAUAUAACUUCUGCAUGCAGACAAACAAAUAAAAAUAAAUUGGCCAACCAACAGGCAAACAAACAAACCGUAAACCCACAACUAUUUUCUUUCUCUCGAUAUACAGGUACUAACAGUACAAGCUGUGAAGAUAAGAAAACAUUCUUCAAUAACGAAACCAUAGCCAACCCAACGAACAAUUCAAUACUUACAUCGUUCACCAUUGAAUGCACAAAACCUACUGUAUUCGAAGUGCGAUAUACAAAUAAACAGCUGUGUGCUUGUGGUACAGAUUUAGCAAAUAAAGAAAAAAUCACAUCUAAACGUUGUCAGGCAAGAUUACCUUUGAAAUUUACCGUGCAAAUAUCAGUCGAGAAAGUUCGCAAUCGAUGGGGUGAAAACUGCACAUUUUAUUUCGAUUCUGUAUUUAUGAAUAACAGAUAUCUUGAUUGGCGUAUUUUGAGAAUUUUGCCGGGAAAGUUUGUCACAUCACAACCUUCCGAAAGUUUAAUCACUUUAAGUACAGGAAACAUUGUCACCCCAACACCUAAUCCAUCCAUGAUACUCCAGUCUGCAGUUUCGUCCAUUCGUCAGAGUCCAGUCCCAACUAUUCAACAGAGUUCGGCCUUUAUCCAAACUUCGCCAUCAUCGUCCGUAGUUUCGCCUAGCAGCUCAGUGUCUCCUGACAGCGAAAAAGGUAGAUUUAAUGCAUGUGAUCUGCAAUAAUAUGAACUAUAUUCAUGAACCGAUAUAGCUAAAACCCCAGUUUACCGAUACAAGUAGUAUAGGAAAAAUUACACGGUUCGAGAAGUAUUAAUGAAUCGCACACGUGUUUGGCGAAAUAUUUAUGAUACCGCUCGUGCGGCACCAAGUAACUGGGAUAGCGUAAUCCAUGCCUAUGUCGCUUUAACGAACAGUAGUUUCUUCGUGAAGCGAGUAUAUUAUUACCUCUGCAGAUGUGUUCAACUAUAUAUACUUCAGAUAUUGUAUGUUGAUGAAACUCCUUAAGAGUUUGAGUGUGUUUGACUUUUUACAAUAUUCUCAAUUUAGUCGUUUGUGCAUACGAAAUUGCAGUCUGCCUCUGUAUCAUCCAAAUAACUAAGGGACCGGCCAUUCUUUAUGGCGGGGGUCGCACCGAAGAGAAAAGGGUUGGGUAAACAAAAUUUUGAGUGAAUAAAAGGGUUAUUGUUAUUUCAAAAGCUAGGUUCACUCAAAUAGUGAAGACUAUAAAGAGCAAUGUGAACAGUCAUAAUUUAUGUCAAUACAAUAUGUAAAUCAAUCAGAGUCACUAUCUUGAUCAUUUUCAAUUUUCUGAUUUGUCAGGAGGCAUAUUGUGUCUCCAAAGAAAGUACAUGUGCAGACAACAUGAAACUUUAGACCGCAAAAAAAUUGCACAAGCAGUUAUCAAACUCAUGUCACAGAAGUUAUGAAGAACAUUUCUCUUCGGUUUCACCCCCCGCCAUAAAUUUAAGACUGGUCCCUAACAAUCAGACCCAGAAACAAACUAGCAAAUGAAUAGUUUGGAUAAACUGAGAAUAACUAACGUACAUCUUUUCUUUCUUUUCAGCAGACGGCUGCAGUCCAAGGGAAAAUUUCUUCAGUGAAUUCUCUAUAACCGCGAAGCGCAAAAAAUCAUUGGAGACUUUUACCAUCGAAUGUACCGCAGAACCAAUUGUCUUCGAAGUGCGGUAUAGCAAUAAAAAACUAUGUGCUUGUGGAAGAAUAACUAAAGUGGCCACAGAGAAAUAUGACAAUUGCAUUAAAAAAUUGCCUUUGGAUUUCACCGUGGUUAUAUCAACUAAAAAGAUUCACAGUCAACGGGGUGACAAUUGCACAUUUAGAUUCACAUUUAAAGAUAAAUCUGUACUUACCACAAAAUUGGGAAUUUUGCCAGGAAAAGUUGUUACGUCCAGUUAUGUUAUCGCUAAGACUGUAACUAGAACGUCAGUGGUUACUCGUUUAUUCACUUCCUAUAUUACAAGUACCAUAAUCCUUAAUGGUACUGCACAGAUUGGUCAGCCUUCGGUUACGUCAUCACCAAUGGUUAGCCAAUCAGAGCUUGGAAAUUCUACGACGAGAUCAGGACAAAUAAGGUUGGUAAAAACAGACCUUGUAAAAACAGACAUUAUUUGCCUCAGAAAAAAGAUUGGGGAACAUUUUCAACUUUUUCGCAUACGCGGGAAAAUCUUAAGAAAUCAUUAUACCAUAGUGUGGUGUAUGACCCAUGAUGCUUUGGGGUCAUCAUCCACGAGGACGAGAGUUGUUUUGAACAUGAUAUUAAAAACACAAUGAAUAUCGAAGAACACUACACAUAGCUACUAGUACUAGCUGUGCCGGGUGUCCCAAAAAAACUGGACACCGUUGAAUUUCAUGUAACGUAAAAGCUAUAACAGCUAUGGCAAUGAAAUAAAGAUCAUUGCAUUCAGAAAGGACUAACUUAGCUUUUUAUAUGUAGCGCUUGAAUUUAUAAGCAACACUUUGAGGCCCUUUGACUGCGCUAUUGAUGUUUGAACGUUGAACUACAAAAAAUGCCAAAAGUUAGCAUAAAACAAUCAUCGAGUUUUCACCAAUUCCUAAAAUACAUUUCAAAUUCAAACAGUUGUAUCUCGUAUCAAAAUCUAAGUUAGUCCCUUCUGAAUGCAAUGAUCUUUAUUCCAUUGCGAUAGCUUUUAUAGCUUUUACGUUACAUGAAAUCAAACAGUGCCCAGUUUUUUGGACACUCGGUAGUUUGUCAUUUGAGAUCGACAUGUAACAACAAAGUAUACCUGAAUGUAUUUAAGCAAACAAAUCAUUUUUAUUGUUGAUUUUAUUCCUGCUAACUUUCACAAAUGAAUAACAAAGGCCUGACACUAAAGGCUGCUUUGCUGUUGGAAGUUUAUUAUGAAAUAAUUAAAUUAUAAUGAAAGCAUAGAUUUAGUUUUGUGUUUGUGUAUGAUUCAAAAUGCAUUUGUCGAGGAAAUUUGUACUUUAAAAUUUAGAAAGAUUUAAACUUUUCCGUACCUAGGUAUGAAAAACGCUUAACAGGAAAUAAUCUUGAACUGUCUGUGGCAAUAAUAUGAACAACCUUUUGUUGGUAGGGGUGCAACUACCUGAAAAAUAUAAGGAGAAUUUCGUCGUUUCGAGCGAAAGGCCUUCAUCUGGAGUAACUUCAGACGAAGGGCGUUCGCUCUGAACUUCAGACGAAGGGCCUUCGCUCGAAACGUCGAAAUUCUCAGUCCUUAUAUUUUUCAGGUAGUUGCGUCCCUAUCAACGAAAGUUUGUUCAGCUUAACUGGAAAGCAGCCUUGAUCUUUUCGCAUUUAAAUAUAUCAUAGCAAUGGUAACACUUUUAAUAUCGUAUCUAUUUCAGCUCCGCCAUGAUAAAUCCGGAACCUUCUAAAGAUUCAAUCCCUGUCUAUACUGCAAUUGUUAUCACCCCAACACGUAAUCCACCAAUACUCCAGUCUACAGUUUCGUCCAUUCAGCAGAGUCCAGUUCCAUCUACUCUCCAGAGUUCAGUUCUUGCCACACCAAGCCUGGCCACAGAACCAACCGUGCUGAUGACGUCAUCGAUAAAAGAGACCUCUGCCCCAAAUACCUCGACUUUUAUACAAGCUUCGCCAACAACGUCUGACGUUUUGCCUAGCAGUACAGUGACUGCUUUGGAGAAAUUUAAAGAAGGUAGAUCAAUGCACGCCUCUGAACUUUUCCUCCUAAAGUAACAUUUCAGAAUGGUGUAGUAUAAACAAAAUUAGUUUAGUUUAUGUUUCCUCCUGUAGUAACACUGGAUCAGUAAGGAGUGACUCUUACUGCAUUUCUAGAGUUUAGAACUGAUAUCCAGUAUAAAUAAAGUUAGUUUAGUUUAGAUUUCCUUCUGUAUAGUAUAGGAGUGACCUUUACGGAUAACAAUUUAGAGACAGCAAUUUAGAGAAAAACGAUAAAGCUGAGCCGUAAAGGAUUGCUUGCCACUUGCGUGUUAUAACUAUACGGUAUUUCUUUUUUCAGACAUGGAUUACAUCAAUAACCUUAAUACAUCAACAGUGAAUAUCGGCGAUAAAAAGAAGAUUGAGGUAUAAAAAUUGAAUACAUAAUUGCCUAAUAUAUAGAGAUAUACAUAUGCAGCUGUUUCAAAAAAGGUUGUCCUUCAAAAAUCUCAACUCUAAACGCGCAUGGUGUGAUGGGUAAACCUCUUACUUAAGGCCUAAAACGUGCGAAUUUUGCAUUGUAACUUAUGGCAAGACAGACAAUAAGCACUUAAGAUGUACAUCUAGCAGUGCACCAGGAUUAUAUGCUCAAUCAAAAGCCCUAAAAAGACGUUACCAAUCACUCUUUAUUUUUUUAUAAUCCCUUUAACAGUUCGAUAUAUACAUGUAAUAGCUGAAAUAAUAGAAUUAGUUGGUAUACUUCAUAUGAUGCAUACGUGUUUACGUUUUCUAUUUUUUAGCGAAUUUUAAACGCUGCCGCAAAUUUGAUAAACUCGAACCUAACAGCCGAAGGUGAAAACGAAGUGAGUAAUGAAUUGUUUUUUUCGGGUGUUUGUAUCAGAAUAUUUGUUCUUUAAUAUUCCUAUACCUUCAAUAUUCCAAAAACAACUUUCUUUAGUUGAAAACCCAGUGUUCAUGAGUAUUCGAUAUUCUGCUUGUUCGUGUCCUCUAGUAUAGAUAUAAAUUUUGAUAGUUAUUUUGCAACUCGUAGGAUCCAGGAAUGCGGGCAGUCGAAGCGUUAGAAGAUCUUGGAAAUUCCAUUGCUCGACAACUUGAUCUUGGAAAUCAGAGUUCUUUUGAGGAAGUCACUGAGGACUUGGGUGAGAAAAUAAGCAAGAUAUUAUGUAUAAUUUAAGUUUAUACAUCUAUCAGUAUUGAACUGUUCUGCGUAGAGGUCCAGUUAGAGUCAUCUCUUAUUGGUCCAGUGUUACUACAGGAGAAAAGUCAGAAAACCUAAGCUAAACUAUAACUUUAUUUAUACUGGAUAGCGCUAUCAGUUCUAAACUGUUCUCCAUAGAGGUUCAUUAAGGAUCAUCUCUUAUUUGUCCACUGUUACUAAAGGAGGAAACCUAAACUAAACUAACUUUAUUUGUACUGAAUAUAGCCCUGUCAGUGCUAAACUAUUCUCCUAGCCGGUCCAGUUAGAGUCAUCUCUUAUUGGUCCAGUGUUACUACUGGAGAAAACCUAAACAAAACUACCUUUAUUUAUACUGGAUAGUUCUAUCAGUUCUAAACUGUUCUUCCUAGAGGUCUAGUAAGGGUCAUCUCUUAUUGAUCCAGUGUUACUACAGGAGGAAACGUAAACUAAACUAACUUUAUUUAUACUGGAUAGCUCUAUCAGUUCUACACUGUUCUCCCUAGAGGUCUAGUAAGGAUCAUCUCUUCUUGAUCCAGUGUUACUACAGAAGGAAACCUAAACAAAACUACCUUUAUUUAUACUGGAUAGCUCUAUCAGUGCUAGAUUGUUCUCCUAGAGGUCCAGUAAGGGUCACAUCUUAUUUUUCAAGUGAACUAAACUAAUUACUAAGCUAACAUGCAGUAGAUGGCAGUUUUAAACUGUCCAGUAAGAGGCAUCUUUUAUUGAACUAAUAAUCUAUACUUCUGCAAGAAUCAAAUAAAAUGAUUUUUGUAUUUUUUUUAAUAGUUUUUGGCGCUGCAGUAAUCAACACAACGACAUCACAAGCAUUUUCAUUUCCUUCUGAUGAAAGUGAAGCAACUGGACACGAAAAGAUAGAUAUUCCAAGUUCUGUUUUCGUCUCUGAAUCUGGAUCAGGUGAGAGUUUCAGAACUGUUUUUCAGCUCCACGCUUAAAUAUGACAUGAAAUUUUUUAUUUUCUUGAAGUGCGCUAAUUUAUGACAUCACAUUGGUUGCAAACUGAACUUAUACUGGUUAAUAUAAAUCUAUUAACUCUAAAAACUGUAGAUAUCAGUUCACGUUUACCAGUGAGCGAAGUUUGAAGUUAUCAUCUUGGAUGAUAGCAGUGAUAUUCAACCAUUUUGAAGAGCUUGCAACCAAUGUGAUGUCAUAAAUUACAUUUCAAACAAAUUGAAAUUUCUCGGGAACAAACCAUAAAAACAAGAAACUAAAAAAUAAGUUAUACUAUACAGCCUAAAGAGACAGUUCUUUCAUUCAAGAGAAUAAUAAGUUUCAUGUCAUAUACACUUUAAAAAUAUCACAGCUUGUCAAACGCAAGAUGUGUUUGUGCGGAAAAGUUGUUAUCAUCUUUUAACAAGGUUGAUGAGGCCAACAGACUCGCAACAAAUUGUUCUAACAAAUCUGAUAUCGUCUGCACGUAACAAGUUGCUAACAAGUUGAUGACAACAAGCUUGUAUAGCAAAUUGUUACGAACGGCCUGAAUUAGUCUUGUUGGAACAACCUGUAUAUAGCACACUAUUGUUAAUGCAAAUCUAUUUUCCAAUCCCUAUAGACAAAGCAUAUUUUGUUGGUAUAAUCUUCAAAGCGUAUCGUGAAAUGAGGAACAAUACUGGAGGCUUAACAAUGGGAACUAAAGUUAUAAAUGCCAUUGUAACACCUUCGCCAAGCAAAAAUCUGGAUGAUCCUGUCAAAAUGACUUUUGAGAAAAUUAAUGUAAAUAUUCUUACUGGAUUUGGAUUCAGUAAACACGAAGCUCUAGGAAGAUGUUCUGUGACUGGUUGACUAUGACAAUGACUAAAGACGUAAUUGGCUUACAUAAACAAAAGGAAUAUUCAGGGACGCCGGAACGAUAAUAGGGCAAAGGGGGGCGGACGCACACCAAGGGCACCUUUAAAAUCAAUUUCGGUCAGUGUACCAUUUUAGGGGUCAAAAAUUUUUUCCGGACAUACAAAAAUUUUCCGUAAAGCCAAAAAAUUUUCCGGAUAUCUUAAAUUUUCGCCAUUUCUUCAAACUAUUUUUCUAAAUUCAAAAAAUUUCCCAAAAUUUUUAUAAAUAUAAACUAUAAAUUACCUGAAUCUCGUGAUUUUCCUACAAAAAGCAUCGUUGGAAAUGUGAUUUAUCACGUAUUAUUUUACAACUAAAAGGGCACUUCUGCCCCCCUGCCCCCCCUAGCAAAAGGCAAGGGGGGCAGCCGCCCCCACCUGCCCCCCAGUUCCGGCGUCCCUGGGAAUAUUGUUCUUGCUUCGUUCUUUAGAAAAUUCAUUCUAUAGCUUAGUCUUUUGUCAUUGUCAUAAUCAACCAAUCACAGAACAUCUUCCUAGAGCUUCGUGCCGACCCUUUGGAUUGGAAAAAUUUGUCGGCCCCCCAAUGAUUCCUCUUGGAUGAAACAGGCUGUAGUGGCAACCUUUUGGCAGGGCCGCCGAGAGGGGGGGGGGGGGAUUGCCUCGGGCCCCCACCUUAAUAGGGCCCCAACUUGAGAGCGAGAACCUAAAAUUGAGUAGGUUCUUUAAAUUGGUCAGAGCAUUUUUGAAAUUGAGGGCCCCUUACAGUAGCUCCACAUGCAGUCUAGCUAAGGUAUAGUUGGGCGACUGACUUGGGUCUAGCUUAAAAAUAAUGAUGUUAUAGGAUUUAUACGGCCCCCAGAGAAGAUUUUUCCCGGGCCCCGCGAAUUCUCUCGGCUGCCUAGCCUUUUGGGGGUAAAAAGAUACACUAUCUGCUCUAUCUAUCUGAUAUGGAGGACUCUUUAGCAUUUCGUGAAGCAAAACGCAGCCGAUUCAAAAAAGUUGUCCUUUGCAAACUUUAAACUCUAAACCUUAAACUCUAAGCGUGCAAAGCAUAAUGGGAGCAUCAUUUAAUGAGUUUAGAAAUCGUAUAUGGGGCCCAUUUCUUAGAGACAUGGUAAAUAUCUCCCCACGAGAACAAUUCAUUCACAAAUAGCUGCAAUAUUCAACUACUAAGCUUGAAACUUGUGCUUUCAAUUAAGCUUUGCGCGCUUAUAGAGUUUAAGGUCUAAGGUUUAGAGUUUAAGGUUUCCAAAGGACAACUUUUUUGAAUCGGCUGUAUAUAUUAUUAUGAAUUCACGUUUUCUAAAUUCAAUUGUAUUAAUUCCAGAUCUCGUAUUUAAUUUUUGAUCUGUAAAGUACUUCAUUACCUUUUUGUGAAUUCAAUUUAUUUUCUGAAUUAUUUUAAAGGUUGGUGAAACGUUUGCCCAAGAAUGUUCAUUUUGGUUGGAGAACAGCACGUACGUAACAUCUACACAAAUUUUAAAAUGCAUUCAUUUACUUAAAGCAGAGUAGCGAAAUAUGACUGAUAUUAUAUCUAGUUGCCUUGGGCUUAUCGCCGACGUUAAUAUUUUAAUUUGUAUACCAAAUUUCACACUAAUUAAUUGUAUUAAUGAACCACCAUACCAUUUAAUUUUCCAGACAUUCUGGCCAAUAUGGUAGAUGGUCGACAAACCAAUGUUACAAAACAUUUGAAAAUCAAAGUCACAUCAAAUGUGAAUGCAAUCAUUUUACAAACUUUGCUGUCUUGUUUAAAAUUUCCAAUGACCAGGUUUGAAAUUAUUUAUUUGUAUUAUUUGCGCAUUGUCCAUUCUUGUCUUGGUUAGGUUGUACAUGUGUUAUGAAUUAACUCAACUCAACUGAAUUAAACUAACUAUUUUUCAUUUUGGAUAAGUUCCAUCGGACGAAACCUUUCCUAAUUGAUUGAUUGAUUGAUUGAUUGAUUGAUCGAUUGAUUGAUUGAUUGAUUGAUUGAUUGAUUGAUUGAUUGAUUAAAAAUUAAGAUCACAUGGCAGUAGAAACUGAAUUGCGUGACUUAUCCAGUUCACUACAGGAGGAAACCUAAACUAACUUUAUUUAUACUGGAUAGCUCUAUCAGUUCUACACUCUUCUUUCUAGAGGUUCAGUAAUGGUCAUCUUUUAUUGAACCAGUGUUACUACAGGGGGAAACCUAAACUAAACUACCUUUGUUCAUACUGGAUGGCUCAUGAGUCAGUUCUAACCUGUUCUCUCUAGAAGUCCAAUGAGGAUCAUCUCCUAUUGAUCCAGUGUUACCUAAACUAAGUUAGCUUUUUUACACUGGAUAGCUUUGUCAGUUCUGAAGGUUUCUCGUAUAAAAGUCUGGUAAGGUUUCCCUCUUAUAUAUUGGCCAAUGUUACUGCAGGAUGACCUCAAACCAAAGUAGCUUAUUUAUACUGGAUAGCUCUAUCAUUUCUAAACUGUUCUCCCUAAAGUGGUCUAGUAAGGCAGAUCCCUGUAUUGUCUGCAACUACAGGAGGAAACCUAAACCUACUUAUAGUGGAUAGCUCUAUCAAUCCUAAUUAUUAUUUCUGUAGUAGAAGUCCAAUAACGGUCAUUAUUUAUUGACCUAAAGUUACUGCAGGAGGAAACUGAAGUUCGAGGAGAAUUCUGUCCUGCUGUAUCUGCGGUGUUUUUAAUAGAGUCAAACUGGAAGCCCUCUUCUCAUAUGGACUGACUGAGGUGAAAUUAUAAUCAGAGAACUGCAUAUUGCAAGAUCAAACAAUAGAAUAGAAUAUAGAAUAGAAACUUUAUUUCACGAGGGAAAACGUAUGUCACUGACGUGAAAAACAGUUUCAUUAACCACUGUGUAUGUUUGUUUACAGGAUCUUUCAGAAGAAGAUACGUUCAGUUUGACUAUCAUUACCUACGUUGGUUUAAGCUUGUCCAUUUUGGGAUGUCUGCUAACAUUCAUAAUUUAUGUCGCUUUAUCGUAAGUGCAAUGUAUAUCGUGAUUGUCGAUCUGGUUAUCUUGCUUGUUCUUGUUCCAAUUUUAAUUGAGUUGAUUUUAAUAUUUAAUAUUUUUAGAAAUAUCAAAUCGGACAGAGCAGUAAUCCAUACAAAUUUAGUUCUGGCGCUUGGCAUCGCUGACGUAAUUUUCCUAGUGACAGUGGCUUUCAAACCGACUGGGGUAAUGACAUUGAGAAUGUUUUAAUUCUGGGGAUUCAUGGGCUAAACUGUGGGGGAGUAUUUCGUUUAGGCUCAUCUGGACUGGAGAGAGGGGUCUAAAAAAAGCUGUGUGAUAAUUAAAGGAAAAUACGGUGGCAAAACAGACGAAAAAAAUCACGAGUUGUAACAAACUGCAGCAGACUUUGUAGCAAUGCUGUUCCAACAACUUGUCAACAGGAUGUGUUCGCACUGCUUGUUCCCAGCUUGUUGACAAGUUGUCAACGGCAGUUGACAACUUGCUACAAGGUUUUUGAGCUCAACAGAAUUCUUACAAGUUGUUUCAAAAACUUGUUAUAUCGUCCUGUAAUUCAAUAGUUUGUCAACAAGUUGUCAUGAGUGACAACCUUGUAGCAACUUGAUAAAAUAACAGCAUUAUUAUAACUUGUUGACAAGCUUGCUACAAGCCUGUUGCGAACACAUCUUGUUGACAAGUUGUGAGAUUUUUACGUGUGUGCAACUUUCUCUUAUCCAUUUUUCAUAUUAAAUUGCAGGAUUCCUGUCUAGUAGUGGCAAUGUUGGCAUUUUUUUUCUACCUUUGUGUAUUUUUCUGGAUGUUGGUGGAAGGUGUUUAUAUUUACUUGAUGGUCAUCAAAGUAUUUCGUGGUAAUGCUACCAGGAGACAAAAAAUUGCCUACGUUGUAGGUUGGGGUGAGUGGGUUCAUUGACUCUUUAUACAUCAUAAAAAUAACACCAUGCAUUGCAAGCUAACGCCUUUCACGUUUGAGAUCGUGGGCUCGCGCAGCGGACUCAUGUCAAAAGAGUCUGUCAACGUUCUGCGCCGAAAGUCGUGGGUUUUCUCCCACAGGCUAAGUUGACAUGGUUAGGUUGAACAUAAAAAUUCGAAUUCGCUGGCAACGGUCCUAACUACGAGCUAGCACACCGGGCACACGACGUUGUUUCAACGUUGAAAUUUGGUAGAAAAAAGGUUGCGACGUCGACAACCUAAUAUCUACGUUGCUCUGACGUUGUUUUACAAACAUUGGUUCAACAGCAGCCAACAGACGUUGAAUUAACGUUCAUUCAUGGUUAAAUGUACGACGUCGAUUUGUGAACCAAUCACAACGUUGUUUCAACGUGGAUUCAACGUUGAAUUAUGGUUGACGAGAUUGGCAACCUAAUUUCAACGUCGCUUCAACGUCGAAACAGUAACGUCGAUCCAAUUUGCAUAGUCAACCCUUUUUCAACGUCUAUCCAACGUCUGGAAGGUCAUUUCCAACGUUGAUUCAACGUUGGAUAAAAUGUUUUCUCUGUAUCAAUGGAAAGAUCUGGUCUAUAUUUUUCAAAUAUCUAGCGAAAAUGGACCUCAUUCUAAUUUUAUCUAUAGGGCGCUUUCCAUUUAAUGGCCUGACCGGUUAGACCCGAAUUAUUUUCUCAUCAAUGGAAAGAUCUGGUCUAUGUUUCUCAAAUAUCUAGCGAAAAUGGACCUCAUUCUAAUGUUAUCAAAAUUUUCCAGUCAGAUAGGUCCGAAGCCCAAAUGUUUUGUGUUCCAUUCAAGAAUUUGACCGUUCUGACCGGUCUGGCCGUGUUUAUGGAAAGCGCCCCUAGAUUGUUUCGGUCAGGUAGGUCCGGUGCCCAGACGUUAAUUUUUAUGUUCCAUUCGACAAACCAUAAGAAUGAUAUAGUCUAAUGUGAAUGUAAAUAAUGUUGAAAUUAAUCAAUUUUCCCAAUAGGUUGCCCACUUAUUAUUGCAGUUGUCACAUGGGCUGUUUUAAGAAAUGAUGUCGUUUCUAAAUUUCAGUAAGUACUAGCAAAUCUUUCGGUUCUUUUCGGGUUUGCAUGCUAACUGGCUCCAAUGGGUGAUUCCAGGAAUGAACUAAAUUUUGAUCAAGGUAUAAGAAGAACGAAAUCCAACAUCACAGCUAGAAAGAGCGUCUUAGAAUGAGUAAAACUGCAAAGAUUGGUUGCUAAAUGUUGUAAAAUAAAGAGAAUUAAUAUAGUGAAGCCCUGUGAAGUUCGCAAAUUUGUAUUCCGCGCGGUAAAAAUAUCCACUUUAGGCUCAAAAAUGGUUAUUUUUCACGCGCGUAAAUGCAAAUAUAUGCAAAAUUUGCGAACUUUACAGGGUUAUGUAUUUCCUCAUUUUACAACAAUUCGCAACCAAACUUUGCAAUUUUACUCAUUUGAAGAUGCUCUUUCCAGCUAUGGUAUAUAGGAUUUCGUUCUUCUUGUGUAGAUCAAAAUUUCCCCUGUAGCUGGAAUUAAUCAUCCAUUCGACAUAACAUUUUCAUUUAUGAUUUUGCAGCUGUUGGUUAUCAGUCGAAACCGGAGCCAUUUGGGCUUUUGUUGGUCCUGGAUUGGUGAUUAUUUUGGUAAGUAGGGUUUUUUCAAUGCCUUUGACCAGGACGUCCUGCUUGCGUUAACCAGAGCUAUGGUUAGCCAGAGCUACCAGAGGACCUUGUGCUGCGCUUUUCACAGUCGUUCCUGGUCAGGUCUUAAAAUGUAUAUAUACUCACUUGGAUUACAAACCCUAACAACAGCAUUCUAAUGGUAGGCCAUAUCCUAUCAAAGGGAAGAUGGCUGUGAAACUCAUUAGAAUAACAAUAUAACUCAUUAUCUAUAUGUUGGUCAACGUUUAUUCGACGUUUAUUCAUAAAUCUGGUCCUUCACCGUCACGUGUGUAUUGUAUUUUUGCCCAACUAACCAAUUGCAAUGUUUUAGGAAAGUCAGCACCUAUCCGUGACUCGAACAAUAGGGAAACUGGAAAUUGCUAUUGGUGGAUUUGGUAAAAAUGCAAUACACACGUGACGCUGAAAGGACCAGAUUAUGAAUAAACGUUGAUUAACAUAGAUAAUGAGUUAUAUUGUUAUUCUAAUGAAUUUCACAGCCAUCUUCCCUUCAAUAGGCUAUGGGUAGGCCUGGCGGAUAAAUAACCAGAAAAUUUAAAUUUUAAUACUAAGUUAACUCAAAUAGUUUUAUUCCCAUUAAAUUAGCCUGUUUAUUUUUUAGUUCAAUUUAAUAAUUCUUCUUGCUGUCAUGAGAACAACUUGGGCAACGUUUGUUGAUGACAAAGAAUAUGGCGGCUUGAAGUAAGAUGUUCGUUAAAUCACUAAAUAGAGGAUAUUACAAGGCGGCGCAAAGAUAUGACUUUUAUCUUCGAGUGGUCAAAACAAUUAUAUUUUACGGACGAACGUACGCAGCGAGUGAGUAAAAUAUUGUGUUUAACACGAGAAGAUAAAAGUCAUAUCUUCAAGCCACAGUGUAAUUAUGUUCUGUUUAUUAUAUAGUCCCAACCAUUUGCCUAUACAUCUUUUGGAUGUAUUGCAAUAGUUCAGUGGUUGAAUCUCCUAACACAAUUAGCAACUCACCGGUAACCUGCCCGAGGCAGCACUUUACCUUGCGAUAGUAACUUCUAGUUAUAUAGUCCCAAGCAAAAAAUUGUGAAAUUUCACGCUCAAAAGCAAAUUGUCACGUGAUCGAUAUCUUCACUAUAGUGAAGAUAUGGAAAAUAUCUCACUGUCUAUUUUUCAGUAUCUUACUCUCUACUAUAUAACAAAGUCCUAUAUCAAUGUUAUAAACCAUUUAAAUUUCUUAUCAUCAUCACUCAUGUAAUAUCCUUAUUCCUAUACCAUAACCUAUGUGGUUAAAUAUAUAUACACACGUAAAAACGCGCAAGACUUGUCGCACUGUUUGUUCCCAUGCAUGCAGUCUGUUGACAAGCUUUCAACGGCUUGUUGACAGCUUGCUACAAGGUUAUUGAGCUCAACAGACUUGUUACAAGUUGUUCUAACAACUUGCUAUCGUCCUGCAAUUCAACAAUUUGUCAACAAAUUGUGAGUGACAUAGCAACUUUGUUACAAAAUAACAACAUUGUUGCAACUUGUUGACAAGCUUGCUACAAGCCUGUUGCGAGCGCAUCUUGAUGACAAGUUGUGAGAUUUGUACGUGUGAUAGUGGCUUCAUCCAUCCAUUGGGAGUAAAGUAAGUUGUUCUCACCAAAGUCAGAUUAGCGAAAUAUGUCUGAUAUUAUACACAGUUGCCUUGAAGUCGCAAGCUUUAAAAUAUUAAAUAAUAAAUUUCGAUGUGUUUUACUAGAUCUGCGACGAAGACGUUUGGUGCUGUGAUUCCAAUCUUAGGAAUAACCUGGGUGUUUGGCGUCAUGGCGUUCAACGAAUCUUCAUUAGUCUUUCAAUAUAUAUUUGCUAUUACUAAUUCCUUACAGGUAUGUGUACAUGUAUUUUGUAGUUAUUUUUGUGGUGACGUCAGGAUCUUCACAGAAUUAUUAAGUAUGUCUUCUUUUGCAGGAAGUUAUAUUUUGAUAUUGGCCUGUCCGACAUUUUGGAGCUUAUACUUGUUAAUGAUUACAAUAUAAAUUUGUCACACUUUUCUUUUUUUAGGGAGCACUGAUAUUUAUUCUUUACUGCAUAGUUAAUAACGAGGUUAGUUUGUCGAACUUUUUUAUUUGAUGCAAAUUCGACAUUUUUUCGAAGCGUCCGUGCCGACAAAAUGCCACUCAAACAGUUGCGUACCUUAGGCAUAUUUGGUGUGGCCUCGUGUGGGGCCCCCUGUUGACUGUUGUCAUUAUUUGACUGAGAUAUUUAUAUUGAAUAUUUAUAGAAUAUUCUGGAAUAUUAUGUGUCUAUAACAAUGACAAUAACAAUCUCCAACAUAUGUAAUAAUUUUUAGGAAUAACUUUUGUUUUAUUUGGAAUGGAAUAAAAAUAUCAGCUACCUUUGUCGAUGGAGGCUAUUAUUUAGCAUUAUUAAUUUUGCAUUUUCCCAUUGAUUCUUCACCUGCAUUUUUUACGUUUUCUAAUGUACUGUACCCUAGGGGCCGGUUGUAUAAAACUCUUAAUCACUUUUUUAAUCACUAUUUUGUAGUUAAAUAGUGAUUAACUCUCAAAUACGCGCUUCUUAUUGGAUGCACGACGUUUCCACUAACUAUAGUUAACUUUAAUCACUUUUUUAUACAACCGGCCCCUGGGCGAUAUGUCGUGACUGAUGGCGGCUCAUAACUCUCAAGUUCCCUAACCUUCGUAUUCUAUUGACUAUAUGUUCAAAACUUUUUCUCAUUUUAGGUACGGAACGAACUUCGUCGAAGGAUCACAGUCUGGCAAACUCGUCGUGAAAUGUCGUCAUCAUCGGCCGGUCGGCGGACGACGUACCCGUACGUAGUCUCGUCGGAGAAAAACACGACCUUCAAUCGUACAACGGCGUCGGCACAGGCAACCCCAGACCUUUACCAUUAUCCGUUAUCUGACAUGAAAGAAGUGUUACCUCCUGGGCGAAUGUACACGUUUGAGGAUCCAAAUAUAACGCCUAAAACUGAUUCGGAAUCAAGUGUACAGGAGAAAGAGGAUCACAAAGAGGAUCAUAAAGAGGAUUACAAAGAAGAUUACAAAGAGGAUCACAAAGAAGAUCACAAAGAGGAUCACAAAGAGAAGGAGGGUGAUAGGGUAGAAGGUAAUAGAGAGGAGGGUGAUAGAAAAGAUGGACGAAGCAGUCCUGUCGAGUUGGACAAAAACUCCGGGGAUAAUGACGUCUGUGAUGAUAGUGUAGGACAGGUGUAA